UAAGCAAUAUCAUCUCUACUCACUUUAGCUUAGCAAAUUAACCUAAUACCACUUCCAGUGUUCCCCAUUGGUUCAUUCUUUCUAUAAAUGCCCGCCUUUACUUCAACCAGUUUCAGCCAUAAUCAUGAAGCCAGGAGCAGAUGAGACCGUUGAAGUUUCCAGCAGGGAUAAUACUGCAAGGCCAACACUGGGGUUGAGCAGAGGGAUCUCCAUACUUGACCUUAUUCUAAGAAUUAUAGCCGCAAUUGGUACACUAGCAAGUGCUGUUGCCAUGGGUACUACUGAGCAGACACUUCCAAUUUUCUCACAAUUCAUCUUCAGAGCCAAGUACAAUGAUCUUCCUACACUCACGUUCUUCGUGAUAGCCAACUCAAUUGUGUGCGGAUAUUUGGUUCUUUUUCUGCCAUUAUCUAUCUUCCACGUUAUCAAGACAUCAGCAAAAAUUAGUAGACUCGUCUUGCUCGUCUUUGACACGGUAAUGUUGGCUCUCAUCACUGCCGGAGCUUCUGCAGCAACAGCCAUAGUAUACUUAGCGCACGAGGGCAACUCUAACGCUAACUGGCUUGCAAUUUGCCAACAGUUCAAUACCUUCUGUCAGCGUAUUUCCGGAUCUUUAAUUGGCUCAUUUGGUGCAGCCAUUCUACUAGUUUUCUUAAUCAUUAUAUCAGCUGUAUCCAUCUAUCGUCUCUAGCCAAUUGUGUUACAAAUUAACGGUGUCAUGUUAUCUAUACAUAUAACAUAUUGUACAUUAA